AAUCUUUAUCGUGCUGAGGCGCGCUCUCUUCCGGUGUGAAUUAGAAUUUAAUUUACUAUUAUUGUCUUUUUUGUAUUCCUGCUGUACAGUUUCAUUCACAUAUGUACAAUGCAAUAAGUUGAAUAAUUAACUGUAGCUAGAGCUGGUGUUAGUAAACUAUCGUUCAUAUCAAAUUGUUAAUCAUGGAUAAAUUUGUAGUUCGGUUACCAAAGGCAGACAGGGUGCAACAGGAACCAAAACAAGAGAGGAAUUACAAGCAAGCAACCUUAGAGUCUCUGCGGAGAGUGGUCGUGAUUGAAGACAUUGAAAGGUACAGGUCAAUCCUUGAACUGCCUGGCCAGCCUAAAGAAAAUAUGAUAGAAGCCUUGCAGGAGCUGGAUAAGAAAAUGCCUUCCAGAGAAGUGCUGAAAACUACCAGAAUAGGACACACAGUUAACAACCUACGCAAACACUCAGAAGAUCCUGAAAUCAAGUCACUAGCGGGGCAGGUGUAUAAACACUGGAGGACCUUCAUUGAGGAACAUGCAAAUAAACCUACUAUAGAAGUUCGCUGUGACAAACAGACUGAAAGUUUGAGGAGCAAUGCAAAGAAACUGCUAUCUGAAGCUACAGGGUUGAAGGUGGAGCAUGGACUUGUGGAGAACAUAGAGAGAGAAGUGUUUCACCAAAGCUCUCGACUUAUUAGUGGAGCAUACAGAAGGACUGUGAGGGCUCUUGUCUUUGCACUGAAAAAUAGGCCUGAUUUGAGAGCGCAGGUCAAGGAUGGUAAACUUCCAGUUAAUGCAUUUGUAAGCAGUCACAAAAAGAAACUGUAAAGAAUUGAAAAAUUCAAAUACAGGACCUCAAAUUUUCUUUUUUGUAAUUUUUUUUUUUACUUUUUAACUUUCAGUCUUGUUCUUAAAUACAACAUUUGACUUUUAUUUACA